AUGGCUGACGAAAUUCAAAAAGUUAAAAGGGAUAUAGCUUUAAAUCAUGCAAUGAUAUUUAUUGGCACAGGUAUAUCUGUGUAUACAACAAACGGUGAACAAGAAUUUUCUCAUUGGAAAGGAUUAUUAAAAGAUGGACUUCAACGAUGUCAUCAGUCAGGAUGGAUCAAUGACAAAGAACUUGAGAAUUUUAAUAACAAGUUUGACAACAGCACAGCAGAAGUUGAUGACUAUUUGCUUGUUGCCGACCGAAUCAAGUAUUGUUUCAAAAUGAAAAGUGAUACAACAACAAAAGAUGAUGUAUACAAAGCAUGGCUGAGAGAAACAGUAGGAAAAUUAUCAAUUAGAAAACCAGAAGUUAUAAAAGCUAUCGGAGACUCAGGAUGCCCAAUUCUAACAACGAACUAUGACUCUCUGCUCGAAGAUAUACUUGAUAAAAAGCCAUUAACUUGGAAUAAAUAUUAUACUUAUGGUAUUGACAAUUCGCUGGAUAAUCUAAAAAAUUAUAUUCUACAUUUACACGUAGAUUUUGAAGUAUCAGAUAGCAUGGUUUUGAGUAUCAACGAUGAUGAUCGAAAUGAGGAACAUGAAUCUGGCCAAUC